AAAGGCAGAGAGAGAUCACAUGCACACUGACUAUGUAAAACUUUUGCUCCAAAUCCAUUCUCAAAACCCACGUGUACCUAAGAAGUCUGUCUCCCCGCAACCGGUGAAACCAGUCAAAUUAUCCGCGUAUGAAAAUGUGGACCCCAAUUGCGGUCCAGCUGCAAUUAAUGCCAAACACCGUCCCCAGGCUACAACUUCCGUACACAACCUAACCGGCAGAUGCCGGUCACCUCAACAAUGGGAAACCUCAAUAAUUUAAGCUGUUAGACACAAGAAGUUGAAUGUCCAUUCACACUUUCAAGUUGUUUCACGCUCUCAAAAUCAUUUUUUAUUUUUGGUGAUGAAUGAAAUGAAGCAGAAUCAUGAUAUCAGUAUUGUGCGCAUAAAUUCUGUGGAGAAGAGAGAAGAGAAGAAAGAGUUAACAAGAACAGCAUUAAAGACAGAGAAUUUCAAUAUGGCAAAUUCUACAUUCAUUACACCACCACCAACAAGUGAUAUUGAUCACAUGCCUAAUGUAUUUUCUCUAUCAACACCACCACCACCACCACCCCCAACAAGUAGCAUCUUUGACAUGAUACCUUGUGAUAUUAGUACUGGUGGUGAUCAAAAGGCAGGGUCUUUAGGAUUUAUGGACUUGCUUGAUAUCAACCAAGAUUUUGGAGCUUCUGCUUCUUUAUUUGAUUGGUUUAAUCAGAAUCCGGUUGUGGGGUCUCCGCAGCAGCAACAGUCUUUUGUCCCUUCACCGGCAUCAACUGUACCGGAAACAUCGGAGGUGUUGAACAAUCCAGCAACUCCGAAUUCAUCAGCUUCUAUCUCUUCCUCUUCGAAUGAAGCAGGAGAGGAUGCUUUCCAACAAGUUAAAGCUGGAGAUCAAGAGGAAGAGCAGGAUCAAGAUAAGAACAAGAAACAGUUAAAACCGAAAAAGAGGAGCCAAAAAAGGCUAAGAGAGCCGAGAUUUGCUUUCAUGACAAAGAGUGAAGUUGAUCACCUAGAUGAUGGGUACAGGUGGAGGAAGUACGGCCAGAAAGCUGUGAAAAACAGUCCCUAUCCAAGGAGUUAUUAUCGUUGCACUAGUGCAGGCUGUGGUGUGAAGAAGAGAGUGGAGAGAUCAUCAGAUGAUCCAUCUAUUGUUGUUACAACAUAUGAAGGACAACACAUACAUCCAAGCCCAAUAAUUAGAGGAAGUAUUGGAAUCUUGGCUGAUUCUAGUGGUUUUGGUGCUGCAACGUCGUCUUUUGUUUUUCCGCAACCUCUGUACCAGCAAAAAGAUGCUUCCAUGUAUAGCUCAUCACCUUCUUUAAACUUUACUUCAAGUACUUCUCGUUUUAGUCCUUCCUUUUCUCUUCAAGAGAGAAGGUUGGGGAGCCCAUCUUCUUUGCUUAGAGACCAUGGCCUUCUUCAGGAUAUUGUGCCCUCUCAGAUAAUCAGAAAGGAGUUUAAAGACGAGUAGAAGGGUUCUGUAUUGGAUAUCGUUAGGUUGGUGCAUGAACAUUGAUAUGAGCAAAGGCUAUAUAGAAAAUAUGUAUUGUCAGCAAAUUUAAGGUUAGGGUUUCUUCACAUUUAACAAAUUAUUUGGUUUGAGCUCGUUUUCACCUAAUUUGUAUAUUAAAUCCUAGACUUUUCCCGGGAAUGAGAAAUCAAGGAUGAACUUGAUACAUGUAUGCGUAGCUCAAUAAGGUUAAUUAAAGAUGCAUUCUUUGUGAAAAAUAUGGAUAAAUAUUUUAUCGCAUUAUCUUGUAACAUGCAUGGGGUGCAAAGUGUAGCGACAACUUGAUACCACUGAUCGCGAUGAAUUAUGGCCAUUUCUUCCUCUUUAAGUUAUAUAUACUCAGAUUGAAAACUCGAGGCAUUGAAUGAUGAUGUGAACAUAUAUUAACUGGCAUGGGGAUGGACUCUGUGGUUCUUGAUUAUUGAAGGACGGUGAAAGAUUUUUGAUGGCAUAUAUAUAUAUAUGGGUUGCUUUAAACAUUGCUGAAGAUAUCUUGGCUUUCGUAUGGAUAUUGCUUUUGGAGGUGUCAAGUCUAGUCCAUAAUGCACUGUCUUUGCGAGGACCCUGGAAUUCAUUUUACAUGCCAUGCUGCAAUUACUAGCGGCUAGCGGCCAUCUUUUGUAUCUAAUUAAUCUAUGGGUGUAGGAGAAACAGUACUGUAUAUAUGAAAGGCCACCUUCAACUUUUACACUAUCUCUUAGCUUCAUUUAACAUCCAACGCCUUCAGAAAUCACAAAGCAAACAAGCUUAGCAUAUGUACUAAAAUAACACGUACUCACAUCCUAAUUUAUCUGCGCAGAUAUAUAAACAUGUGUUAUCAAACAUGCGAGUAAGCACCGAAAAAGACAAAAAAAAAAAAAACACUUUUAUUUGUGAGAAUAAAUACGUACAGGAAAACACUUUUAUUUGU